UCUUGAGUGUAACUCUGAGAGGAUCUGAACAGACUGCAGUGUGUCAGGGGGAGGAGGACUCUGCUGAGUAAAACUCCUCCACUCCUUUCACCCUCCUGUGGUAAAUGUAGUGGUUAUCCUGUCCCUGCGCUCUCCUCAGUGUCCUCCUGCUCCCUGACGGUGUCGGUGAAGCUCACGAGCUGAACCUGAUUCCCGCGCGCCUCUGCUCCGCCCGCCCGCUCGCGCACGCUCUCCCUCCUCGAGCUGACAGAGCGAGCUCGCGCUCCGGCCAUGGCAGCCGCUCAGCCCGCGAGCCCCGGCAUCUGCAGCCCGCCGCGCGCCCGCCUGCCUCAUUAGCCGCCUCGUGUCUGUGUGAGGGUCCGCGCGGCGGGACCACCAUGUUUAUCCUGUGGAUUUUGACGGGGUUCUGUCUCUACAGCGUCGCGAGCGCUACGUACGCGAGAUGGGCGAACAACUUCCACGCGAGUCGCGCGAACGAAGUGGACAAGCCCACGACCUCCUCCUCCUCCCAGCCGCAUAUCAUCUUCAUCAUGGUGGACGACCAGGGCUUCCGCGACGUGGGCUAUCACGGCUCCGAAAUAAAGACCCCCACGCUGGACUGGCUCGCCGCCACCGGGGUGAAGCUGGAGAACUACUACGUGCAGCCGCUCUGCAGCCCCUCCAGGAGUCAGCUCAUGACUGGCAGGUACCAAAUCCACACUGGGCUCCAGCACUCCAUCAUCCGCCCCACCCAGCCCAACUGCCUCCCCGUCGAGAACAUCACGCUCCCCCAAAAGCUGAAGAGUGCAGGAUAUUCCACUCAUAUGGUGGGCAAGUGGCAUCUUGGCUUCUACAAGCGCAGCUGCAUGCCCACACAGCGUGGUUUUGACACCUUCUUCGGCUCUCUGCUGGGGAGCGGCGACUACUACAACCAUUACAAAUGUGACAGCCCCGGCAUGUGUGGCUAUGACCUGCAUGAAGGUGAGGAAGCCGCCUGGGAGCAAGACCGUGGCAUCUAUUCCACACACAUGUACACUCAGAAGGCUGUGAAUAUUCUAGCCAGACACAACCCUAAACGCCCGAUCUUCCUUUACUUGGCGUUCCAGGCCGUACAUUCACCUCUCCAGGUUCCAUCUCGCUAUUUGGAGCGCUAUAAAUCCAUCCCAAAUCUACACAGACGCAAGUAUGCUGCCAUGGUCAGCUGCUUAGACGAGGCUAUGCGCAACAUAACGCUCGCACUGAAGCGCUAUGGCUACUACAACAACAUGGUCAUGGUGUAUUCUUCAGACAAUGGCGGUCAACCAAUGGCAGGGGGCAGCAAUUGGCCUCUAAGGGGUAGUAAAGGCACUUACUGGGAGGGUGGGAUACGAGCAGUGGGGUUUGUGCACAGCCCCCUACUUGCGAAGAGGGGUACACGCUGCAAGGCGCUGAUGCACAUUACGGAUUGGUACCCAACACUGGUAACGCUUGCCGAAGGUACCCUGGAUGAGAAUCAGAGUCUGGAUGGCUACGAUGUUUGGGAGUCCAUCAGCGAAGGACUUCCUUCCCCACGUCAAGACAUUCUGCACAACAUAGACCCCAUCUACACCAAGGCCAAGAAUGGCUCUUGGAAGGCAGGAUAUGGAAUCUGGAACACAGCCGUCCAGGCAGCUCUUCGCGUCGGAGACUGGAAGCUUCUGACAGGUAUUCCGGGUUACAGUGACUGGAUUCCUCCACAGACCUUCUCCAACCAGUUGUUAGCUAAUCGAUGGCACAACGAGCGCGUGCGCUGGGACCGAGGAAAGACCGUCUGGCUCUUCAACAUCACGGCCGACCCUUUCGAGCGAGUGGACCUCUCGAGGCGCUACCCACACAUUGUGAAAAAGAUGCUCCUCAGGCUUCUGCAGUACGACAAGACGGCCGUGCCCUGCCGCUACCCUCCCAAGGACUAUCGAUCUAAUCCUCAGUACAAUGGAGGGGUCUGGGGACCUUGGUACUCUGAUGAAGAUGAAGAGGAGGAUGAAAAUUAUAAUGUUCUUUCCAAUUAUUUAGGAAAGAGAAGACGGAGACAGAAAGCCAAACGAAAAGGGAAGUUCAAAAGGAAAACCUAAAGCAAUCUGAAUUGACCUUUGGUUUACUAAAGACUUUAACAGACUUACCAGACAAUCUCAGGGACUGACCGACAGACUCGAUCUGUUCUAAAUGUCAAUUUCACUGAUAGAGAUCUAUAUUUAGAGUUUUACCUCUAGGUGGAUAUUUUAUAUGACGAAGCAAUUGUGAAGAAUCAACAGUUGCUUUGGUGCAUCUUAUUCGUAGGAAGAAACCCACUUGAAACACUGCUGUUUCCAGCUUAGACUUUAGACCACGUUUGGUUGGAGCUUUAGAAGAAUAUUUAUUUUUAUACACUUCAUUGCAUGCAAUCUUUAUCUCUCACAGUGCAUUUUGAUAAGUAAUGAUAGGUUUGAAAAAAAAUUAUAGUCUAUAGACGGUGCUGAACUCUCAGCAAAUAUUUGAAUGACAGAGAAUUUCAAUUCUGUAUCCAAUCAAGAGGAAUUGAGUUCCCGGAAAGAAGUACAACAGACUUGACAGACUGUUGGCGAAAACUAAACAAAUCCCAUUGUUUUUGUGACCUCAGUCUUUAGAAUUUUCAAAUACUGUGUUCGUCUUUUGUUUGUCUUUUUGUUCUGUGUGGUCCAGUACCAGUUAAACUUGAAUGAAAACCAGUAAAACACCAAUGUGAACUCCUUA